ACUAAACAAAGCUAGUUGUCUUCUUCCUUUGGGAUAAGGCACUUCUAUGUGACGUGUCCACUUUACGUUCCCAUUGAUUCAAAACAAAAUAAAAGAACAAACUUGAUGCCUAACAUGAAGCUAACUACCCACCUACCUACUGUCCGUCGCCGUUUUCAAGCACUACAUUUGCAGCUGAGAUUACUCUAUAAUAAUAAUAAUACUAGAAUUGCAGAGCACAUCAACAAUACAAUUAUGGAUUCAGAGUCAUCACCACAUCCACCUGGUUCUAUUAUCUUUUCCACCGUUGGCAGAACCAAUUACGGCUUCGAUAUCUUCUCUCUCAAAUCUCCCCUUACUUUCCUCAAUUCUCCCCUCCAUACUUGUCAAUAUCCCACCGAGCACCGCCUCACUGACGGUACCUCCGUUAAUUACAACGGCCACUUCCUUGACGAUGAUCAGACACUCGUCUUCGUCUCCGAGAGAUCAGGUGCACCUCGCAUUUACUUGCGACGUGUCACCUCCCACCAGCUACAGAUUGAACAACUUCUUACUCCCACUGAUAGCCCAUUUCUCGACCGUCCAUUUCUUCGAAACAAACAACUCUAUUAUACUUCAGCUCACCAGCCGCCGAAACAGAUUUUCACCAGCUGGUCCGCUCUUUAUUCCACCAAUAUUGAUGAUGGUAAAAUCACCCGCUUGACUCCGUACGGCUGUGUUGAUUACAGCCCUGCGAUUUCGCAGUCUGGAAAUCUCAUCGCGGUUGCAUCCUAUGGAAACCGUCGUUGGCCUGGUGAGUUCAAUGAUUUGACUACUGAUAUUGUUGUUUUCCCUGAAUCAGACCCUGAAAAGCGGACAGUCGUGUGCAAACACGGCGGCUGGCCUACUUGGUCCGGUGAUUCGACUAUCUAUUUUCAUCGCCAAGCUGAUGAUGGUUGGUGGAGCAUUUUUAGAGUCAAUUUGGGAGCUGAUGGUGAUCCGGUUCGAGUCACUCCUCCUGGUGUGCACUGCUUUACUCCUACGGCAGCCUCACAUAGAAAUAUUAUUGCUAUUGCUACUAGAAGACCGGGGAAGAGCUAUCGCCACAUUGAGAUUUUCGAUGUGGAGUCGAACAAGUUCUAUCCGGUGACUGAGUUGCUUAACCCUACCACCCACCAUUACAAUCCAUUCUUCUCUCCUAUGUCUACAUCUCUCAGUUAUCACAGGUUUCAGGGUGAAUCAGAUACAACAACAAUUCCUCUUUUGGAUGAAGUAAUUUCUCUGGAAAAAGGACUGAGAAUGUUGAGGCUUAAUGGAUCGUUCGCUUCCUUCUCUCCCUCGGGUGACUUUGUUGCAUACAAUCACGACUUUAAUGCUAAUUCAGGCCUCAAAAUCGUUAAAUCAGAUGGUUCCAAGAGAUGGACAUUGUUCAAAGGUCGUACGUCUUUCGGCAACUCCUGGUCUCCAGCUGAACCCAACGUGAUUUUUACAUCAAUUGGACCUGUAUUCGACGCUGUAAAAGCAACUGUUCAAAUCGCACGAGUUUCAUUCAAUUCAUUAAACUGCGAAAGCGAGGAAAUUGAUCCUGUUGAAAUUAAAGUUCUCACAAAAGAGGAGACUGGAAAUAAUGCCUUCCCUUCUUGCUCGCCAGACGGGAAGCAUGUCGUAUUCCGUUCAGGCCGUUCUGGACACAAAAAUCUGUAUAUUGUGGACGCCAUUAAGGGAGAGCUGGAGGGGGAAGGAAUCCAUCAGCUAACAGAAGGGCCAUGGAUUGAUACAAUGCCAAGCUGGUCACCUGACGGAAAGCUGAUUGCAUUUUCUUCCAACAGGCACAAUCCAGAUAACAUCAAUUGCUUCAGCAUUUAUGUCAUUCAUCCAGAUGGCACAGGUCUGCGGAGGAUCCACGUGGCUGGGCCUGAGGGAUCCGAUGAAGUGGAUAAGGAGAGACUAAACCAUGUAUGCUUUAGUAAGGACUGUGAGUGGCUUCUGUUCACGGGUAACUUGGGCGCAGUAACAGCAGAACCUGUAUCGCUGCCGAACCAGUACCAGCCGUACGGUGACUUAUAUUUGGUGAAGUUGGAUGGGAGUGGGUUGCGACGAUUGACUUGUAACUCAUAUGAGAAUGGAACUCCGGCGUGGCACCCAUCGGCUAUGCCUAUGACUACUUUGGACGUCGAAGGGAAAGUACUAGUAGGAGAGAAGUUGAGGGGUGAAUUUGAUGAUGUACUAUGGAUGAAUUGUUGAGGAAGAACAAGUAGCUAGUCAAGAAAAAAAAAUCUACCCAAACUUCGAGCAGGUGCUUGAUUUUUCUUUUUUGACUAUAGUACAAAUAAGAACAGAGGGUAUGUCCUCUUUCAGAGAGUUUAACAUAAGCAGACUCUUGUUUAAAUGUUGAAGAUUUUUGUUUCCUCCUGUCUUUUGGAGCCAUCUAUUGUGAAUGCUGGAGAGGAUGUUGACUUU